UUGUUUGUGUAUGCAUGAUUCCCUGUCACUUCACCUUGUCAACACUCUAGUCUCCAUAUAACAACACCAUUAAAGUUCUCUUUCCCCACCACCACCAAAACCAAAAGAAUCUCUCUUUCUCUUGUCAAAACUUUGUUGUGUAUCCCAACAAAGAAUAAAACCCUGACCAUACCCUCUGUCUCAUUCCAAACAUAAAAGAAAACACCACACUACCCUCUGCCCUUAAAAUUUAUUCACAUCUGACACAUUCUUAACUCCUAUGUCCCUCACUCUCACAAAUUCCACAUUGCAUUAUUCUUCACUACCUUCUGCUCUAGCCAUUAAUUUUUUAUCAAACAAAAUAGCCUUAUCCCUAUGCUACUUCUUAAUUGAAUAUGACCCUUUAAGCUUAAACUUCUCUACAAAUUUACUAACUUUAUUAUCAUACAUAGUAGCACAAUUUUUUGUAAGGUUAUGGAAGAAGAGAAGCUUAAUGAGAAAUCAAGGUCAAGCAUGACUAUUCUACUUCAAAGUCAAAAACUUCCAUACUCUUCUGAGCUUAUCGACUCUCUCUUGGUUCACAAUCAAAGCUCAAAACCUUCUUUUCAAGGUUCCAAUUCUAUGGUUAAUGUUGGUGACAUGGAAGUUAAAAGUAGUUCUUUCUUUCAAGCUUCUGAGAAAGAAGAGAACAAUGAUGAUGAUGAUGAGAACUACGAGGUAUGCUUGCAACAACCCGGUAAGAAAAGGAGGCUUACAAACGAACAAGUUCAUUUUCUUGAAAGCAAUUUUGAGAUAGAAAACAAGCUUGAACCUGAAAGGAAAGUUCAACUUGCAAAGGAGCUUAGCUUGCAGCCAAGACAAGUGGCUAUAUGGUUCCAAAAUAGGAGAGCAAGAUUCAAAACCAAACAGCUAGAAAAGGACUAUGGUUCAUUGAAAGCUAGCUAUGAUAUGCUCAAAGUUGACUAUGACAAUCUCCUUCAAGAAAACAACAAAUUAAAAGAAGAGGUUAUUUCUCUCAAGAAAAGAUUGGUCCCAAGAGAAAAACAGGAAAAUAAUUUAGUUGCUAAAUCCCUUGAUGAUAUCAUUUCACAGCAUAAAACUGAUGUGGUUGAUUCAGAAUGCCUACAGAACACUGAUGGAAACCAAUCCUUAGUUGUGGAACCAAACCAGUCAGAAUUUUCACAAGAUGAAGAAGACAUCCUAAGCCAAAACAUCUUGAAUGUUCCAUUCAUACCAAAAGUUGCAGAUAUUGGAUGUUAUGAUGAACCACAUGAAAGUUGUUGUAGCUUUCAGUUCCCUUUUGAAGAUCAAACUUUUUACUUUUGGUCCUACUGAGUCAGUACUACUAGUGGAAUGUUAAUGUUGGCAGGUGCAGUUCUGUACCAAAAGCAAUAAAUGUUAAUAAAGAUUAAAAUCAGAAUGAUAUUGCAUUACGA